UAAUAAAUAUUGCCAUCUAAGAAAAUCGUUGUUUAAUAAUGGUAUAACAACUAAUGGCAUUACAACUAAUCAUUACAAUGUGAAGUUUUAUUUGAAACAUAACUUCAAAAUAAUAAUAAUCGUCACACUUCGAAAUUAACAAAGGAGCGGGUAUAUUGUAAUAGAAAUGCGUUUUUACUAUUUUGUUUGUACCCGAACGUAUCGAGUGGUUGACGGAGACAAUAAUCACUGCUUUAAAGUCAAAAUAAAACAUCAGAGUUACCGACCAUUUAAACAUGGCUUACCCUCUAGUCUACGAACUAGAUUACGAUGAAGUUGUGAAAAAAUAUUACAAAUUAUUAAAGGCUUUACAACCAAACUGCGAUAAUUGCGAAGAUGAUCAGGCGUCGUCGGUUUUACCGCGGUCAGAGCCACCAGAGUCGCCAAAUGCGCUGGCCAAUCCAACUGGCAGUAGCAGCAGUGAGGAAGUUACGUUAAGAUUAAGAUAUGAUAGCCAACCUGACGCCAGUCCCACCAUAAAAUCCGGGAAAGAAGACGGGCAAAAAAUUACAAAUGAAGAGUUGAGAAUUCAAUCAUAUGAUACAAUCAAAACCAAUAAGGAAAAUCAAAAUGAUAAGUGCGACAAAAUAAUCAGCGAACCACAUAAAUUGAUCGGUAUUGGUACUGGAAACACGAUGGUACAUAAAGAUAAGUACGAAAGAAUCAAGUGGGAGUCUUAUAGUAUUGCCACAAGGACUUUACUUCGUCUUACCUUUCCAAGACAGACCUUGGCGACCCAUACUUUGACGGGGAAGAAGUCGCCAGCUUUUCAACACAAGCCAGCUAAGAUGUGCUUGGAUCCAAGAAUAAUUAGUGAUGUGAUCAACGAGGUGAUGAAGAAAUGUGGCGUACCAGAAAAUAUUAUUCGGAGCAUCAUUUCAAUUAGUUGCUCUGAUGAGGCCAAGAGGUUGAAUAGACUAAAGAACAAGACGUCUAGAGGAAAUAACGAAAACAUACUGCCACCAGCUUAGAUACAAGAAGAGGCAAACAUGUCAUACGAAGUUGACCAGCUAUACGAGUGCAACGUAGCGGGUUUCUGAGACCCAUGGGUGUAUUGUUUAUUACGGUACAUUUUAUUGACAAAAUAUAACAUUUAAAAAGAGGUUAAU